AUCAGAGUUUAGAUAAUGAUAUUUACGGGAAAAGAGCUGUAUCAAGCUCAUAUAAAGGGUAGAACCUCAAGACACAAUAGCCAUAAAACGAUAAAACGGAGCUCAAUUUAUUUUUCGAAGACAUCUUCACCAUGAAGUGGCUCUCUGUGGCUGUGCUGCUCUUGGGCUGUAUUGCUUGCCUGCCAGAUGAGUCUUUGGCUUUGGAUGGAUUUAGAGAACAUGUUUCGGCUCACAGUAUUUCAGCUCUACGGCACAAACGAAUGAUAGGGGGAUCACUGACCGCACCCGUCCCAUGGCAGGCAAUGGUGUUCCUCAGUGAAAAUAUACUAGAUGGAGGUUUUGCUGGUGGAGCCCUCAUCGCGGAGCGCUGGGUACUGACUGCUGGCAGGAAUCUAUUUGUGGGAAAGAGCAAAAACCAAACGAGAGGAAAGGAACCCCUCAUUCCAAAAGUCUACCUUGGUAUCAGCAUACGUUCUCAUGCUAACACCUCUACAGAAGUAGCGGUGGAGAGGGUAUUUGUGCAUCCAGACUUCCAGAACACAUCCGACUGGGACAAUGACCUUGCUCUGAUCAAACUGAAGGAGCCGGUGAUAUUUACUGAGUCCAUAAUGCCCAUCCCUCUGCCUGAGAUCGGAGAUAACCAGGAAGAGACAGAGGGAGAGAGGGGCAUCAUCGCUGGGUGGGGCUGGGGGAGAGCUUUCACCCCUGCUCCAAUAUUGAAGUUUCUUUCUCUGCACAUCCAGCCAUGCCAGGGUGAAUACCGGGCAAACAUUCUAGCGAGUACACCAACUGUGAAUGAAAAACAAUUUUGCACAGGACCCAGUGAGUACCAGGAAAACGUGUGCUUUGGCGAUGCAGGUGGCGCACUUGCCUUCCUGAACCCUAACACCAACGAAGUCUAUGCCGCAGGCAUCCUCUCCUUUGACAAGGCUUGUUCUGUAGAGAACCAUGCUGUCUACACAAAGAUCUCUGCCUAUCUGCCCUGGAUUCACAGUGUCAUGAGAGGCGAUACGCAAGAUUUUUCAGAGCGUCGUGCUUCAAUGAUAAAACAAAUGCUUUCAAAAAAAUAGAAGUCUGGUGUUUAUGCACUGAUAGGAGAACACAUUUCUUAGAUCAGUACAAUAUACAUAUAUAUAUAUAUAUAUAUAUAUAUAUAUAUAUAUAUAUAUAUAUAUAUAUAUAUAUAUAUAUAUAUAUGCGUGCAUGGUUGGGAGGGUUACUUUUAAAAUGUAAUGUAAAAUGUGAUCAGUAACUUUAUCCAGUUACCUCAAGAAGACAAGAAUGUAAUCAGAUUACUUUAGUUACUUUUUGAUUGCCUCAAGACUGCAUAUGUGAAUAAAAUCAAGAGAAAAGCAACAUGUUCUCA